AUGACCGACGGUGACAUCUCUAUUGACACAGUACGAGCAUCACGUGGUUCAGAGGUUAUGGGAAGGAGAGGUGCAACAUGGGAGGAAGCAUGUGCUGAGAUUAGUUAUAAUAAAUGUGCCCAAUAUAGAUUGCAAUGGUUGCGUGAUUUGUAUAACUCUCUCAUUCAAACUAACCAGUUUGAGUGUGCGGCUAGAACGUAUCUGUUGCAUUUAGUUGGUUGCACUAUUUUCGCCGAUAAAAUACAUACGCGUGUUGAGGCGAAAUACAUUACUCUUUUUAUUGAUUUACAUCGUUGUCGAGACUACUACUGGGCUUCCGCAGCAUUGGUUUCCCUUUAUGACAACUUGAGAGAUGGAGAUGUCCACGACACUCGACAGCUGGGAGGUUACAUGAGCCUACUACAGUGUUGGAUUUACGAGCACUUCCCUAGGAUCUGUAAGCGGGGUGAUAGAGGAGCGGUUCCUGCGCAUCUUCCAAGAGCAUGUAGGUGGACUGCAAAACAUGUUGUUGAAGGUGGAUUGAUGGCAUAUCGUCGGAGACUUGAUGGGUUGUUGCUCGAGGAUGUAGUGUUUACAUCAUAUGAUGAUGAUCGAGCUAAUCAUCCGUUUGUAUCGAUUUCGAUAUUUUCUGGAUAUCUUCGAUGUGGUGGAGUCUCAGUCCCAUAUUUGCCAGAGCGAUGUCUUCGACAGUUUGGUCGUAUUCAGUGCAUUCUGCGGGACGUUCCUCCGAUGCCGGACAGUGUAGAUUGGGUGUGGCAGAGUACUAUGAGAUCAUCUGUAGAGACCUUUCGGAGACUAUAUCCUGUUGCGACUUUUCCUGGAGAGGUCACUGCAGACUACUAUGCAUGGUACAUUAGUGUUUCACAUCCUCUGAUUCUCCCUCCAUCCACCUUUGCACCUUCGAGUCCACAUACUACUGUUGCUGCCCAUGUUGGUCCAUCAUCGUCUGCACAUGUUGGUAGAGACCGUAGAGAUCGUAGAGACCGUAGAGCAGCUGAGCUUGCACAUAGGGCCUUAGAUAUGGUAAGAUCAUUUAGUGAGAUUCAUGAAAUAUUGAGUGAAUUAUGUCGCUUGUAUGACGAUUAG